AUGGCAAGGAGCAAGGGAAAUCCCCAAGUCCUUAUUGUCAAGCACAUAAUCAGAGUCCUCUGUAGUCUCGCCAAUUCCAUUAAGGCAGAUGGGUAUGCUCUUUCUUCAAAGACAAGGAGAAGUUUCAGCUCAAGAGAUGAGUUCUUGAACAGAUCGUGUCGUGGCCUCCCUGCUGAUGUGCCAAAGGGACAUUGUGCAGUUUAUGUUGGUAGCGAACAAUCUAGGUAUAUCAUACCCACAAGGUAUUUGAAUCAUUCUCUUUUUAGGGAUUUGCUGGAUAAGGCCGAGGAAGAGUAUGGAUUUGGUCACCAGAUGGGACUUACAAUUCCCUGUGAGGAGGCUUCUUUCCAGUAUCUGACGUCCAUGUUGGGGAAAAGGGUGUAG